AUGCCGGUGCCAGUGCCACAGCACAGUAUCCCCAACCCACAGGUUCUCGCCGCGCAGCAGCGACACGUCCCCCUGCAUCCAGAUUCUUCGAACCGUCGGAGUCGCAAGCCGACCGAUAAAUGCCUACCUGACGCUAUUGAAGAUGUUGCCAUUGGUGAUGGAGUUCAGCAAUAUAAGCGGCUACAGGAGAUCGAGAGAAGGCUCGAUUCUGCGAUCAUGAGGAAAAGACUCGAUAUUCAGGACUCUGUGAAUAGGAAUAUAAGAAGAUAUCGCACGAUGAGGCUGUGGGUGUCAAAUACGGUUGAGCAGCAGCCCUGGCAACAGAUUGAGGACAAUCCUGAUGUUCCACCAAGAAUCGGUACUGGCCGCUAUAAAGUGAAAAUUGAAGGACGCUUUCUCGGGGACAUGUCAGACUUUACUAGCCCAGAUGAUGAAACUACUGGAGAUCUAGAGAAAGAUUCAGAUGCGAUGGAGGAAGAGAAGCCGCCGCAGAAACAAACCAAUAGCACAAGGUCCAGUUUUGCAGUUAGAAAAAGACUGUCGCAUUUUUUCAAAACCAUAACAGUUGAGUUCGAAAAACCCUCCGAGCCUGGAGUAGCGGAUUUGGCUACAAUUGUCUGGAACAAGCCACCUUUACUGCCAAACCCAAUAAACCCGUCUCCCGUCUCCGAUUUCGACUCGUUACAGUUUUCACGAGCAGCUGAGGUCAACAUCAACGGUUUUAUAACAAUGACAAGAGACGAGAAUCCAGAACGGUAUCUGUUGAGUAAGGACCUAGCAUCGAUACUUGACGUGGAAGAGGAAUCCCGUGCUGGUAUCAUUAUCGGGCUUUGGGAAUACAUUAAAGCCGCCGGUCUCCAGGAGAUUGAAGAGAAACAAGCUGUCGCGUGCAACGAACGUCUAAGAGCGGUUUUUGGAAGAGACAAGAUCUACUUCCCCGCAAUCCCCGAACUCAUUGGACCACACUGCACCCCCCUUCCUCCUAUCAAAAUUCCCUUCACAAUUCGCGUCGACAAAGAAUUCCAUGAUAAUCCCGUUCCUGCAAUCUAUGACAUUCGCCUUGCUGUUGAUGAUGUAAUGCGUCGAAGAAUGGUUCGACUCACUGCAGCAACGGAGUUUCCAUCGAUGCUCCGACAAGUCUCUAAGCUAGACGACCAGCUUGCCCUCGUAAUCCAGGCCCUUCACCACUCCAAGGCCAAGCAUUCUUUCUUUAUUAACCUGAGUAAGGACCCCGUGCAUUUCAUCAAGCGAUGGUUCCUUAGCCAAAGACGUGAUCUGGAAAUUAUUCUGGGAGAAUCUGCGAAGGCGGGUCGUACGGAUCCUGAUGCCCCUGAGUUUAGGAGAGGAGGGUCGGGCAGCGCUUGGGACACACCCAUCGCGAAGGAAGCUGUUCGAUAUAUGCUAUCUAGGCCCACCCACGUGGGAAGGUGA